AUGGCAGUAGAGCUUGCCUCAGUUAUGACACUCUGUAUAUUGAUGGGGUUGCCCAGCCUCAUAAUGCUCAGGCUCCUAUAUCCCAGGCUAGACAUGCCUCACGUGACUCUGAAGUUGGCAAUCCCAGUACACCUGCUGGCGGACGUGGUCGUGGAAACGGUGCUCGUUCUGGUCGAGGAGGCGCACGCGGUGGUCGUGGAAAUCGUGGCGGCAAUAAUCGUGGCAGAAGACACUGAGUUAUUAGAAACAGAUAUUAUUAACUUUCAAGAAUUUGGAAAAGUACUACUAUGUGGGGAUCUAAAUGCAAGGGUUGGUAAUACAAGACCUGAUUAUAUUGUCUUUGACAGACCUGUAGAUUAUUUAGAUGGUGAGUUUUAUAUACCUGAUAAUCCACUUCCUAGAAUGUCAAUGGACUCUCACACAAAUGCAAAUGGUUUAAGACUCCUAGAUCUCUGUACAUCCACAUCUAUGAGAAUUGCAAAUGGGCGUCUGCCUGGUGAUCAAACUGGUACUUUCACCUAUGUAAAUACAGCAGGGUCUAGUGUUAUUGAUUAUUUACUUUUACAGGAAAACAACUUUGAUAUUGUUAAUAAUUUUAGCAUUGAUAAAUUUACAGAAUGGUCAGACCAUGCGCCUAUUUCCUUUGAUAUUUGUUGUCAUAAUUCUAUAACAAAUAACAACAGUGAUGAACAGCCCGGUAGAAAACGCAGUCAGUUUACCUGGAAUGAGCAGUUAAGAGAUGAUUUUAGAAGGAAAUUAAUUUCAGUUUUACCAGAAUUGAAUAAUGUGGUACAAAAUAUUGAUAUUAGUCAAAAAGAAUCUGUUAAUAAUAGUGUUAAUGCUUUUACAGGUAUCAUCAGAAAUGUAGGUGACCCAUUGUUUGCCAAAGAAUUGAAAAGUAAUACUCAGCCUCGUUAUGAUAAUUCUUGUACGUUAAGUAGAAAAGCAGACUGGUUUGAUGAUGAGUGUAUUGCAGCAAAGUCAUUAUAUACAACAGCUCUAUAUCAGUAUAAUAUACGUAAGUCUAACCAGAAUAGAAUAGCUAUGUGUAACAAAAAAACAGCAUACAAAACACUUAUCAGAAAAAAGAAGCGUAGAUACGAAUAUAAUAAACUUAAACAGAUUGAAAAGCUGAGACAUGCCAAACCAAGAGAUUUUUGGAAAUUAUUUUCAAAAAAGAAAUCUAAACAGAGUAACAUAAAAGUAGAACAGUUUUUUGAAUAUUUCUCCAAUUUAAAUUCUGAUUUAUCAGGCACAACAGUACCGGAAGCAGAGGAUUUUUGCUCUGCUGGAGAAUGUGAUCCGGAUGAUGCUAUUUUUGAGGAGCUUGAUGUUGUAAUUACUCUUGGUGAAAUUAAGUCAGUUUUAAAGACUCUAAAACGUAGCAAAGCAUGUGGCAUAGACUGUUUGUUAAAUGAGUAUUUUAUUGAAUCAUCUGAUAUCAUAGGAGGGCAUCUAGUUGAUCUGUUUAAUUCUGUUUUGAAUUCAGGUUAUUUUCCAGACCAAUGGUCUGAGGGAAUUAUUGUUCCGCUGUUUAAAAAAAAAGAUGUUAACGAUGUAAACAAUUACAGAGGCUUUACUCUUGUUAGCUGUCCUGCAAAAAUAUUCACUGGUGUAUUAAAUACUAGAAUAAAUUCUUGGAUUGAAAAUAAUGAUAUUUUAAGUGAUAAUCAAUUUGGUUUUAGACGCAAUAGAUCUACAGUCGAUGCAAUUUUUGUGUUAAAUGCAGUUGUACAAAGAAUUUUGAGUGAUAAGGGUCGUUUGUAUUGUGCUUUCAUUGAUUUAAAAAAGGCAUUUGACAGCAUAUAUCUAAAUGGGUUAUGGUUUAAGUUUGCAAAGUUAGGUGUUACAGGAAAAAUGUUAAAUAUUAUACGCAGUAUGUACCAUAAAGUCAAAUCUUGUGUACAGGGUUGUAAGACAUACUCAGAAUUUUUUGAAUGUGCUGUUGGUUUAAAGCAAGCUGAAGGGGUCGAACGUAAAGUGUUGUUGCGGGAGCCUUUAUGGGAGGAGCUGUUGUUGUGGGAGUGA